AUGGGGUUCGACACCGACAAUACCCUGUUGCUCAUGAAGUGCAGCAAAGAAGACAUGCUCGAGGGUAUGUUGUUGCUGCUCGUGGGCGUGUCACUACUACUCAAGAAGUACAGAAAGGAGGACGUGAUCGAGAGCAUGGUGUUGCUGCUCCUGCAGUGCAGCAAGGACGGCAUGCUCGAGGGCAUGCUACCGCUACCCCGAGGCGUGUUGCUGCUACUCCUGAAUCGCAGCAAGGAUGUCAUGACCGGCGACAAAGCCCACACAAAAAAUAAGGCGCCGGAAGAGAGCGGAGCGCGCGGCACGCGGAACACCCAAUUCCUAAAUACUCGUUCCCAAUCUCACCCCUCUCUAUCGCCGCCCACGCACAACACAUACCCUAAACCUAACCCUCCCACGCCGCCGCCCCGGAUCUGCGCGCCGCCGCCCCAGAUCAGCUCGUCGUUCCCCUCUCGCCACGGCAUCUCGGACCCUGGCCUCCCUUCCCUUAUCCCGCACUCAAGGAGGAGCAGCAACAUCCCGCUGACGAGCAGCAACGCCUCCCGCCGUGCUGAGAGUGAGGAGCAGCAACACCGUCCACCGGCAAGCAGCAGCAGCGUCGUCCGCCAGCGCCAGCUGGUUCAGAGGAGCUGCUGGCCGUUCUUCUUCCUCCACAGGCGAAGCCUGUCCCGGCUGAUUCCCCUUGCCCUGCCCCGCCUCCAGAACUCAACAUAUCCAACCUUGCAGAAAGCCAUGGUUGUCGUCAUCGCAGAGUUCAGGAGAACCGAGAAUGAUUAUACACGACCAAUACAGAACGACCUCUCCAGUAGUUGAAAACCAAGGUGAAAUGGAGGGAAGUAUCAAGUCGAAGAUAUUAUGGCUUUUGUACAUCUUCUAUUUUCUUCAAAUGGAAGUUGAUGUCGGUUUGGUGACCGAAGACUUGGGCUCUGCCAUAGUGUUUUGUAGAGUGAUCGAAUAUUUAGUCUCUUAUGAACUUGACCCAUAUUUUGUAGCAUGCCACAACUUGUAUGUUGACUUGAAUAUUUCUUUAAUGGUUGUAGCAAGGAAAACUAAUGAAUCUUCUAUAUAUGUUGAAUAAAUGCGUUGGUCAAUGGCAUCUUGUGAUGAA